CGUACGUGCGCCAUACUCGUUGAAAGGCCAAUAGUAAGGGACACUGUUGCCUUGGCCCAAAAUAUGCUCCAGCAAUGUCAUGCUCCGAGAAAUUCUCUGCGGUGAAAGUCACACUGUCUAAAGGGGAAAUCUUUCGAUAGCACAGGUCUAAAGGAUCCUUUGCGUGGGGCGUACGGAGGCUCACGUCCUAACCUGGACUGCCAAAUCCAAAAUAGCGGGACCACCCCAGCGUAUUCGAUCGCGCUUCAGACAGUAAAACAGGUUCAGACAUCCCCGGUUGAGUAAGCCAUGGCUCUGCCGAGUCACCAGUUUAUCCAUGGAGCUGUGAACUGGGAUGGAGAGCACUUGAGUCCCGUCCAGGUUUCUCAUGUCAGCGCGUGUCCCAUCAGCGCUUCAAGUCGAAAAGAGGACCCCUUCUAUUUUUCUGUGGACCCGACAGGGCAAGCUAGACAGCCUCUCGGCAUCUCCGCCUUCAGCAGAUUCAUGACAGAUAUGGGCUCUCUGAACGGUCCAGAACCUUCUUUUUACUCCGGACACAAAUUCCUAUCACUCAAUACCGACACGGAUCCAGAGAGUACGUCGCUCUCUUCCCACUCAGACUCCCAACAGUUGCACAGUCUGUCUUUCUCCGCGCUUUCCCGUUCAGAAACUGACAAUAAGCCCGAUACGCAUUAUUUAACGAUGGAAAGCACUAAAUACCCAAGCCAGUGGAGUGAACGCAAAACCAACGGGAGCAUCAUUACCACACUGAGCAUCAGUCAGAGAAGUAGAGACGACACACAGCCAAAUACUCUCCAGACAGACUUUACCGGGAACGAUAUAACUCACAGAGAGAGAACGCAAGACGUGACUUUAGAAAACGCUGCAAAUGGCUGGCUGUCGGCGAAAGCAGGGAGGAAGAAGCGAUGUCCUUACAGCAAAUACCAAAUCUUGGAGCUGGAAAAAGAAUUCCUAUUCAACAUGUAUCUGACUCGCGAGCGCCGCCUGGAGAUUAGCCGGAGCAUAAAUCUCACCGACCGCCAGGUUAAGAUUUGGUUUCAGAAUCGCAGGAUGAAACUGAAAAAAAUGACUCGAGAGCACCAGACAAGGGACCCUGGCACAAAUGUCACUGUCUAGUUUGUUAUGUAAGACGGUUAAAAAGAACUCAGCGCACAAAUCACUGCAGUUAUCAUCCGUUGCAAGUGGAUUGAUGCAACUGCUGCUUCUGAUGGAUUAACAGGAGGAAGCGAUCAGUAAGAUCUUACUAGGUGUUUCAAAAUAUGUGUUCUAUAAGGCAAAUGUAAGGGAGAUUUUAAUACCUCGCAUGAAGAUGAACAGAAAAGUGUAACGAAAUAAGAAGACAAGUCUUUGGCUAUUCGAUGAAAGCUUGUCAUAUUCACACAGGCCCAUGAACAGUGUUUAUUGAUGUCGUUUAGGUUCUGGUCAACUUUUCAUUGUACGAGGAUGAUUUGUAUUUAUUUAUUUAUUUUUUACAGGUUAUGAGUGUUACAGCGGUUGUUUUUUUUUUUUUUAGAUAGGGCAUUUUAUAUUUUAGGUAACUAAAUUACACUCGGACACUCCCGAGUAAAAAAAUGAAAUAAAAUCAUAAAAGGAAAUCCAUUAUCAGAGGAGUUACAUCAAGCACAGGUACUGUUGUUUUGUUUAAAAUGUUGUUUGUUGUCUAGUCGUUAUAUUGGUUCGAGUGAAAAGGCACAAAUUUUCUUCUUAUGGUGUAGCAUGGUCGAAUGUAUAACUUAAACUGUGAUUCUUAAAAAUUCUGUUUUGAAAAGCAGUGCAUUUUAAAAUAAAAGUUA